CUGUCACUGGUGGUACCAGUUGUCAAGACUUCUGCUUGUGUGGUACCGGCCACUUGGGCAGCGCAAGGCCAAAAGUGUGAGAAGAAGCUCGCGAAGCUGGCCAAUCCGGAUGUGUGGCGCGAAGGGGGCCGAAACAACACCAUGCGAGACAAGGACAAGGGUGGUCGAACCAUCAACGAGAACAUGCUCUUGAAGCACAAGGCGGUGAACAAGAACAACCCGUACGCCUCCAAGUGCAAGAAGUGCAAGUGCGCGCUUCACCAGCAAGGGGUGUAUUGCGCGCAGUGCGCUUACGCGAACGGCUUUUGCUCCAUCUGCGGCAAGAAGAUGGUGGAUGUGUCCAACCACCUGAUGUCCACCACCUGAGCGAUUCGAUGCGGAUUGAGAAAGGCCGUGAGUCCAAGGCCUCAAAGAGCUCUCAAGACGUUUCACGCCGGACAGCUGGGCUUAGAGCCCAGACAUGCAAAUGCAGUGGGAAAAUGAUAAGGAAGAAGUGGGUUGUCUAAAGCAGGCGCUUUCCAGAUGGUUGGUGCUUGAAAUCCAGUGAAAC